UGAAAUGCAGUCAAUGUUUAGUCAAUUCAACGUUCAUUUAAAUGACAUUUAAUUUAUGUUUACUUUUCUUAUAUUAAUAUAUCUAUUGUUUUGUUUGAGUUAUUUAGUGAUCAAUUGAUAUCACUGUCGAAGACAUGCGAAUCAAAACCAAUCGAUACGCCGACACAAAAAUAAGACGACAAUCGCUAAGACAAAGACAAAAGAAUUUUCAAAAUGAGAUCAAACGUAUCGUCAGUGAGACUGUGGUUAACGAUAAUAACAAAGAACUGGUCGACAAAAAUAUAUUACUUCUGUCGGAAAUCGAGACUUUAAGGAAAGAAAAAUUGCAAAUCUUUGAGAGUGUCCUCUUCGGCAACAAUUCACAAAAUUCUUCUAUUACCGUGAAGAAUGAAUUGAUGUCAUUAUUGGAGUCAAUGAAGAAAGAUCACCAAAAUAUGACACAAAUGUUUGAAAAAACAAAUGCUUAUUAUAAUGAAAUGAUUAAUAAAAUUGAAGAUAAAGUCGAUAAUAUCAUCAAAUUUGAAGAGAAUUGUAUUAAUAAACGGUAUUCAGAGGUAAAACAAUUAAGGAAUAGAUCUGAAUGUGAAGUACUAAAUGCACAACAAUUAUAUGAAAUGAAGCGUUUGUCGCGAUUGAAUGGCCAACAAAUGGUUAUUAAUAAAGAUAACGAUAAUAGAUUGAGUGUCAUCGAUGAAGUACAUCAAGAAGUGGUGGAUCUAAGUGACCAAUUGUCAGAUAAUUCCAAUGAUAAUACAUUGGUAGCAACUCCUCAACGAAUUGUCAAUUCAUUUUUGGACAAUUCUGUAGCUAAUUAUGCUUUAACACCACAUUUUGACAAUCAGACGCAUACAAGAACUCCAUCCAUAUUUAAUUUCAAUUCAACUUCUUUUACUACAAUAAAUGUCAAUCAAAUGGAUAGAACAUCUCUGUCACCAUUUAAUCUGUCCAUUAGACCUGAACUCUCAUUAUCACAAUUUGAAUCAUUUAAUACAACCAUUUGUGAUGAAGUGAAUUACGGAAUGACAGCCUCAACACCGGUCGGCAAAAGGAGAUUAAGUGGUAUUGAAAUGAUUAAUAGACAAUCAAAACGCCUCUCAUCUAUAGAUAAGCCGUUCAGUCCUCGUAUCGGUCGGACUUCACUAAAUAACAUUCAGAAUAUUAUGGAUAAUAAUAAUAAUAAUCGUAACGCUAAACCUUUUAGUAGGCCAUCAAUUAUUAGACAAUCGCUUAUAGAAAAGGCAAAUAUUGUUGAAAAUAAAAUUAUAAAUCAAAAUAAAAAUACCACUAAAAAGGCAAAGAGAUCGAAGAAAAGUGAAAACAUUAAGACGAAUAAAGAAAUAUCUAAUGAAGUGAUGACUUCUGUUAAUUCAACUAAAAAUAAGUUAAUGGAUAUCACUUUGGACUCAUUUAAUUCUUCUGACAACCAAUCAGUAAGAACUAGUCGUCGUAAUCGUAAACAAAUAUUUUAUAAAGAACCGGCACUUAAUAGGUCUGUCCAUUAUUAUAAUACAAUUCAACAAUUUUAACUAAAG